UUACGUGGUACACAGAGGGCCAUAAUCAGAGAUCGAGCAGCUCUAGAGAAACAAGAAAAACAGCUGUGAAAAAGAUUAGAUUUGAUUGGAAUUACAUUGAAUAUGUAAGCCAAUUUGGGAAGAAUUAACAUCUUAACAAUACUAAAUCUUCUGGCCCAUGAAGGAACUAGAAAUUAAGAAAAUGGCUAAGAUUGGUAAUAAAGAAGCUUGCAGAGUUUUAGCCAAACAGCUUGUACAUCUACGGAAGCAGAAAACAAGAACUUUUGCUGUGAGUUCAAAGGUCACAUCUAUGUGUACACAAACAAAAGUGAUGAAUUCCCAAAUGAAGAUGGCUGGAGCAAUGUCGACCACAGCAAAAACAAUGCAGGCUGUUAACAAGAAGAUGGAUCCACAAAAGACAUUACAAACAAUGCAGAAUUUCCAGAAGGAAAACAUGAAGAUGGAAAUGACUGAAGAAAUGAUCAAUGAUACACUUGAUGACAUCUUUGAUGGCUCUGAUGAUGAAGAAGAAAGCCAAGAUAUUGUCAAUCAAGUUCUGGAUGAAAUUGGAAUCGAAAUCUCUGGAAAGAUGGCCAAGGCUCCAUCGGCUGCCCGAAGCUUACCCUCUGCCUCCACUUCAAAGGCUACAAUCUCCGAUGAAGAGAUCGAACGGCAGCUCAAAGCUCUAGGAGUAGAUUAAUAAAAAAAUUUUUUAAAAGAUUAUUUUUGCCUACUUAUAAAUAUGUAGGAUAAAGCAGGCACAGCACAGAUUCCUUUUACAAAACACAUUUAUUUUGCAAAAAAUAAAGACCACGAGUGAACAGUUGUUUUCCAACCCAUGGCUAUUUUGAAUCUUUUGCCAAAGAAUGACAAUGAUGCAAAAAUGGGAACAGUUUGGAUUUUAAUGAGAACUAUUGAGAAGUGAUGAUGUGUAAAAAGUUGACUUCUUUUCUGCAUGGCACAGAGAAAUUAUAUUCCUUACUUAGUGUCAGUUUAUGCUCUAAAUCUUUUUACACUGAAUAGAAACACCUUGUUAAACGCCACUGGGCACCAACUUAAAGAGACUUGUAAAAAUAUUAAAAGUGUAUCAUUAAUUCUGUAUCUGUGGCUUGUCUUUUGUAGCGUUUAUGUGAUAUGACCAUAGGCAGUUCAGCUACCAAAUUAUUUUUAAAUGAUCUAAAGAAGAGUGCUAUUUAAACAUCUGUCUUAAACAAAAACUGUCAUAAGCUUUUCUUUUCUUUCCUUUGGGAGAACAUUCUAGUUGGUAAGUUUAUUACCUUUCUAAAUGUGCUUGGCACCUGCCUUAAAACAGCACAGACGUAUUGUGCACAUCUUUAUAUUAUUUUGACUGGCAGAGAAGAAAUAAAUUUUAAACUAGAAUUGAGGCCACACUGAAGAUUAUCCAGGCUCUUUUCUAAAGCUUUUAAAGUGAAUUGAAUAUAAUUAGCAAAAAAACAGAAAACGAACUAAUAACAUUUGAUAGUAAUAAAACAGUAAAUUUUGGCCUUCUAAGAAGUGAAAUUUUCUCCAUAUGAAUUAUAAUGUAAUCUGUUUAAUUUAGAACUGUAUUAAGUAUAUCGAACAUUAAAUUGAAGCCAUUAUUCUCGGUUAAGUACUACUAGUAUGACAAUACUCGAACUAAAUUUUUAAAAUAAAAAGUAACAUUUUUUGGCAAA